AUGAAGGGGGUUACGAGAUUUGGUAGGAAGAAAGGGAAGCUAGCUCCUCGAUUCAUUGGACCUUUUGAGAUCACAGAGAGGAUUGGGGAAGUGGCAUAUAGAUUGGCUUUACCACCCAAACUCUCUGCUGUUCAUAAUGUUUUCCAUGUUUCCAUGUUGAGGAGGUGCUUAAGGGAUGAAAACCAGGCUAUUGACUGCACAGAGGUUCAGUUGCGCUCUAAUACAACCUAUGUUGAGACGCCUAUUCGCAUUGUUGAUCGUAUGGUGAAACAGUUGAGGCGGGCAGAGAUACCUCUAAUGAAGGUGCAGUGGAAUCAUCAGGAUGAGAGAGAGGCUACUUGGGAGCUAGAGUCUGAAAUGAAGCUAAAGUACCCACAUCUCUUCGAAUGA